UAAACUAUAAACAUAACACGCCUUCUGUCCAAUUGUUCAAUUUGUCGACAAUCUUUUUUAGACAAACGGAGUACUAAAUAGCAAAUACUGAUCUAGAACAAGCAUUGACCUUAUACAUCCCCAAUUUCCACCUUACGUUUAGUUUCAUCAGAAAAUUUUUUAGAGAAGAGAGAUGGAGGGGAAAACGGGAUUAAUGUCUUCUCCGAAAGAAAAACCUCAUGUUGUUUGCAUUCCAUAUCCAGCACAAGGACACAUAAAUCCUAUGCUGAAACUAGCAAAGAUUCUUCAUCACAAAGGUUUCCAUAUCACUUUUAUCAACACUGAAUUCAACCACAAACGCUUACUCAAAUCCAGAGGUCCAGAUUCUUUAAAUGGCUUGCCUUCUUUCCAAUUCAAAACCAUACCAGAUGGACUUCCUCCAUCAGAUGAUGUUGAUGCCACUCAAGAUAUUCCAUCCCUUACCCAAUCCAUUUCUACAAAUUGUAUUGGCCCUUUUAAGGAUCUUCUUGCAAAACUGAAUCCACCAGUUAGUUGCAUUGUUUCUGAUGUGGCCAUGAGCUUCACCCUUGAAGCUGCCGAAGAGUUGGGAAUCCCUGAGGUCUUAUUUUGGUGCUCAAGUGCUUGUGCAUCUUUGGCUUAUGGCCACUUUUCUGUCUUCAUUGAGAAGGGCAUCAUACCAAUCAAAGAUGCCAGCUAUUUGACAAAUGGGUAUCUUGACCAAACUUUGGAUUGGAUGCCGGGGAUGAAAAAUAUACGGUUGAGAGAUCUUCCAAGUUCCAUUAGAACUACUGAUCCAGAUGAUAUCAUGGUGAAAAUCACACUUCAGGCAACGGGAUCAUCCCAUAAGGCGGCUGCGGUCAUUCUAAACACAUUUGAUGAACUCGAGCAAGAUUUUCUUGAUCCACUUUCAACUAUUUAUCCUCCUAUUUACACCAUUGGGCCACUAAAUCUGCUGGAAGAACAGGUAAAUGAUGAGGAUGAAACUUUAGCUGUCUUAGGGUCAAAUCUCUGGAAAGAAGAACCAGAAUGCCUUGAUUGGCUUGACAGGAAAGAUCCCAAAUCAGUUGUUUAUGUCAACUUUGGGAGCAUCACUGUCAUGACAUUUGAACAACUUGUGGAGUUUGCUUGGGGGCUUGCAAAUAGUCAAACAUCAUUUUUAUGGAUCAUUAGGCCGGAUCUUGUUUCGGGUGAUUCCGCGAUUCUUCCUCCUGAAUUCUUGGAGGAAGUCAAAGAAAGAGGAUUAUUAGUCCGUUGGUGUCCUCAAGAACAAGUUCUUAAGCACAAAUCUGUUGGAGGGUUUUUGACUCAUAAUGGAUGGAAUUCAACCCUUGAAAGUAUUAGCUAUGGUGUGCCUAUGAUUUGCUGGCCAUUUUUCGCUGAUCAACAAACCAAUUGCUGGGCUUGUCGAACUCAAUGGGGAAUCGGCAUGGAAAUCGACAACAAUGUCAAGAGGGAUGAAGUUGAGAGCCUUGUUAGAGAGUUAAUGGUUGGGGAGAAAGGUGAAGAUAUGAAGAGUAAAAGCUUGUAUUGGAAAAACAAGGCUGGAGAAGCUGCUAAAAGUGCAAGUGGUUCUUCUUGCUCCAAUUUGGAGAAACUUAUAAAAGUGCUUCUUCAAUCCUAAUAACUUGAUAUUCUACAUGGAAGUCGAAUUUUAUUUCUUUUUCAUUGUAGCCAUCAUCUAUCAUAGGGAGUGCUUCUUGCAGCCCAGCUGGAAUUUCAGGCCAUCGAAAGCUAUACAGAAACCAUUCUGGAAUCUUUGAGACACAAGAUUGCCAAUUUUUUCUCUAGAGGGAUUUUUUCAGCUUGGUAAGAGUGAAAAUAGAAUUAGUCUCUAGUUAGCUGCUUGUAGCAAAGAAUGGCCGUAAUAAUCGUCGAUCAACUGUAUAAUUGGAUGAUUUCCAGUGCCUAUGAAUGAAAUGAACCACUUACUCUCCUGAAAAAAAUUUACUCA